AUGGGUCCAUUCGGGUCUUGUAGAAUCAUGAAGCAGUGUAACAUGGGCAUGUUUUACCACCGUGGCCUCAAGCUGGAAAACAACGUCCAAAAUAGAAUGGGCAAAGCUGGGCCUGCGUAUAAUAGAUUGACCAAGGCUGUUAAUGGGGAUAGUGUGAAUGAGGAGUGUAGCAGUGACUUCCAAAAAGUGAUGGGUUGCCUGAGCUUUGCUACUGGGAAAGCGAAAGAACCCACAAAAGAUUGCUGCAGUGCGGUGCAGAAUAUAAAAGAAAGCGAUCCAAAGUGCUUGUGUUUUAUCAUGCAGCAAACACAUAAUGGUAGUGCACAGGUCAAGAGCUUGGGGAUUCAGGAGGCUAAGUUGUUUCAGCUCCCAACUGCAUGCCAGUUGAAGAAUGCUAGUCUUAGCUUCUGCCCCAAGCUUCUAGGCAUAUCUCCUAACUCUCCAGACGCUGCCAUUUUCACAAAUGCUUCAACUUCAGCAACUCCUGGUGCAUCAUCAACAGGAACAUCACAACCAGAGAAAGCUGGUGACUCUAGUGGUAUCCUGCAAAGACCUCACCUUGCAGGUCUUUUGAUGAUUGUAGCUGCCAUCUUCAUAUUUGCUUUUCCUGCUGGGUCUGCCUUCAUGUUCCACAAAUGUGUGCAUGUAUGUGCUGGCGUCUCUCACUUGUUUGACCGUAAUUAUGGCGUGUGCCAGCUAAAUUCAGAUGAUUGUAGUUUGAUUAUCCAAAAAUUAGAAGCUUUCCUCGUUAAAUCACUCUUUCGCUCAAAAGAUGGCCAACAGAAUGGGAAAUAUGAAAGGAAUCUCCAGGAGAUCUUGUGUUGUAAUGAAAAGAAAUCUGGUCUUGCCAUCUUCUACACCCCUCGUUUCUUUAUGCCCCUUUCUUAA